GUUAACACAUAUGAUCCAUUGCAAUGUGAUAAUCCAUAUCCUCACGUAGUAUUUUAGUAAAGCACUGUUUAUAUUUACUGUUACCUCUCAGCUGUGAUUUUUUUUACUAACUACUAAAUUCACCGCACAGAGACUGUUUUAAGCUGAGCUGUUGAAAAUGGCAUAUUACGGAUCUAACAUAGACCAAAAUUAUCUAUGGGGUAUUUUCCAGAAGAUUGACACCAACCGCAGUGGCGAUAUCACUGGUUUUGAGCUUCAGCGAGCACUAUCUAAUGGUACAUGGACACCUUUCAACCCAGAAACUGUACGAUUGAUGGUUGGUAUGUUUGAUCGUGACAAUUCUGGUACCAUUAAUUUUCAAGAAUUCACCCAACUAUGGAAAUAUGUUACCGAUUGGCAAAACACUUUCCGAGCAUUUGACACUGAUGGUUCGGGCUCCAUAGACAGGAAUGAAUUGAAAGCAGCACUGCAGACUUUUGGUUAUCGGCUCUCUGAUCCUUUUUAUUCAAUGUUGGUUAAACGGUUUGAUCGACAAGGACGAGGUGUAAUAGCUUUUGACGAUUUCAUACAGUGUUGUGUUGUAAUGCAGACUUUAACAAAUGCCUUUCAAGUUCACGACAGAGAUCGCGAUGGUGUUAUUCAGAUUUCAUAUGAAGAUUUUCUUGCACUUGUAUUCAGUCUUCGUACUUAGCUACUUUUUUUCUAAUCUGUAUUCAUGUUACAAAUAUUGUAAAUGAUAUAGUUAUGAUACCAUAAAAAAAAUAUUCUCGUCAAAAUAUAAUCUGUGUCAAGCCACAUCAGAUUAUCAACAAGGUGGUGAAGAAACUUGUUUUUUUUACAUAAUAGAAAAAGAAAGAUUCACACUGUUGUAACCUUUUUUUAACAUACAAAAUAAUUUAGAUGGAGAAUAUUUGUUAUAAUAAAACAAUGGAGUGUAAUUGAAAAAAAAUAUAUUAAAUUUAUUCAAAUUUAAAUAUUCUUAUAUCUCUAUUUACCUCCGGUUAUAUAAAUAUUUUACAUACAAAUUUUUCUUCUCUCCCCUUUGUAUCUUUGUAAAAGCAAUAUUUACAUUCAUUAAAAUUGUUUUUAUUUUCA